CUGUUUACUCGGGACCAGAGAGGACUUGUCGGAGGGCUGGUCUAGUUCCUGCUAGAGGGGGAGGGUCUAAUUCCUUCACAGUUGCCAUUACAGCAGCAGCAGCAGCGGCGGCUACGGGCAAAGAUAGAGGAACAAACGGCGGAGAUCCACGGACACGAUAAAAACAGAACAUGGAGGACUCCAGCGGCAACAAACCCUUCAUGGUGACGUCUUCUCUGAACUUCAAAGUCACCACGCCGUCUUUCUACAACCAGCCAAAGAAGUUUGCAUCAGUGGCGCCGCCGCGACCCAAAAGUCAGACUCCUCCGUCUCCGUCACCGACGCCGAUCGGCUCCGGAGUUAUCGGCCGAGUGGGAGACCUGCCGCCUCCACCGCCUUCCCUCUGCGACGACUUCCCGCCCCCCCCUCCUCCUCCGCUGGAUGACGAUGACUUGCCGGCCCCUCCCCCUGAAGGCCAAACCACACCCACCGGUGACGCUCUGCCUCCAGCCUUCCCGGCCCCGCCCCCGGUGGCCGAUGACCUGCCCCUUCCAGCCCCACCUGAGGAGGGCACCUGUCCACCACCCACCUGUCCUUCCCCUCCCCCUCCACCUGCCCCAAGUGCUGCUGGAAACCCUCCGAGGCUGGUGGAGAAGCAGACGAGCUUCGACAAGCAGCUCGACUCUCUGACCGACUUGCUGUCUGAGAUGGAGACCAGAGGACCCUUCAAUCCCAAGUUACCAAGCCAGUACUCGUCAGCACCAGCGCCCAAACCUUCAGCUCCUCCUCCGACCGCUCCCAAACCGGCGCUGUCCUUCCUGCCUCCUCCAGAGAUGGGCGACCGGCCUCCUCCUGCUCCGUGGGCCGAGGAGCUCAAAGCCAGAACCAACCGGCAGAACAACCACGGCUCCGGACCCAACUCUGCCGCCAAGGCUCCGCCUGUGGUGCCGAAGACCGGGUUCGGAGGAAGACCCACGACAUCGUCUGCAUCUCUGGCACAGAAACUGAACCAGAACCUGAACCAGCAGCCCAACCCGAUCAGCAGCGCUCCCAGACCUUCUCCUCCAGCCUCCAGUUCCUUCCCUCCGCCUCCUGCUGCUCCUCCUGCAGCUCCUCCAGCUCCAGCUCCAAACCACAUAAAGAGUCCUGGUUUUACCAGCCCGGUUAAUGCAAACCAGAAACCUCCUGCUGCUGCUGUUCCUCCUCCUCCUCAACCCAAGAUGCCAUCUCCUCCCUCCUCCUUCAGCCAGCCCAUGAAAACCACCCCUGCAUCCACGCCUUCGCCUCCAGCUCCGGUUCCGAUCCCAGGUGGAGGUGUUCCUCUGAACAUGAGGGAGGUGGAGGAGCUGGAGAGGAUGACCAAGGACUUCAUCAAAGACAUGGACACACAUGCACCUGUCAUCACCUCUCCACCCACAGAGGUGUGUGGGAAGUGUGGUGAGGCUCUGUCCAGGACUCAGCCGGCCGUCAGGGCGAUGGAUAAACUCUUCCACUCCACCUGCUUCUGCUGCUUGAGCUGCCAGCGCCCCCUGCAGGGGAUGCAGUUCUAUGACAGGGACGGAUCCCCGCAGUGUGAGGACUGUUACAUGAGCUCUCUGGCCGUCUGCUCCAGAUGUGGAGAACGGAUCACGGACCGGGUCCUGAAGGCCGUCGGUCAGUGUUUCCACGCUCAGUGUUUCCGCUGCAGCACCUGCUCCUGCAUCCUGGAGGGGGCGCCCUUCAUCACUGACGACAACAACAACCCCUACUGCGUUCAGGACUACCACAGGCGCUUCUCUCCGCUGUGCAUCAGCUGCAAUGAACCCAUCAUUCCUGCUCCGGGCAGCGAGGAGACGGUCCGAGUCGUGGCUCUGGACAAGAACUUCCACCUCAAGUGUUACCGCUGCGAGGACUGCGCUCGGCCUCUGUCCAUAGAGGCGGACGAGAACGGAUGCUACCCGCUCGACGGUCGGAUCCUGUGCAUGAAGUGUCACACUCAGCGGGCCAAACGCGCCGCGCAGUGAUUGGCUAACGCAGCAGCGCAGCACAGUGAUUGGCCGACGCAGCGCCGCUCAGUUUAAUCAUGAACCAAUCCCAGAAGCACAGAGUUCAUCCAGCUGCCUUUGCAACAGGGCUUUAUUCUGUGUGUGUGUGUGUGUGUGUGUGUGUGUGUGUGUGUGUGUGUGUGUGUGUGUGUGUGUGUGUGUGUGUGUGUGUGUGUGUGUGUGUGUGUGUGUGUGUGCUGACAGGUGUAUUCCCUUCCUUCCUGUCCUCUCGGUGCAGAGGUAAUGUACUGCACUGACCUCUAGCUCUCUGCGUGAGUCGGAGCCUCAGUUUUUCGUGCCAAUUCUAUGUUUACGCUAAAAAAACUCCCAGCAGAAGUUGCACAAGAAGAUCAAAAGAGCGUCUGAAUUAAAGUUGCCUUCCUCUGCGUCUCGCCUGAACAAGCCACCAGUAGCACCGUGAGCCGAACUGAGCCGCAUGCUGAAGCUUCCUGCCUCCCAGUGCUUUAACUGUCAGCGUCUGAACAGCGUUUAGGGCUAAACAAACAAACUGCAAACAGUGAAUGUUGCUCUCGUGAUUAAUGACCUACAGGCAUGAAUUCUGUCUCGUCGCUCCGUUUGAUCGUUCAAGAUUACAACCAAAAUCAGCCGUUUUCUUCUCAACACACACAAAAAAGAAGAAGCUGAUUAAUGAGUGUUUGUAGAUGCAUGGAUGCAGAUUCUCUCUUUAAACCAGCUGAGUUCCUCAAACAGGACCUGUCGUUGCACAUAGUGAAGUGAAGCAUCUUCUCACUUAAAUAGAAAAAUAAAGUAGCUUUUGAUAUGCAUUCCUUAGAGCCUCUUGCUUUAAAUGAUCUAAUUUAUGGACCUAUUUUUAUUGAGUAUUAACGUGUAUCAGCGCUAAAAUAACCCGUAGAGCAGGGGUGUCAGACUCAGUCUGCCCAAUUUGAUCUCCAGUGACCAGUAAAAUCCCAACAUAAUAACCUAUAAAUAUGACCAAAAAUGUGACGACAUAAACAAAACAAAAAACAGACAAAGAAAUAGACAAAAAAUGGACAAAUGACAAAAAUGAGAUUAAAAAAUUCCAUGAACGGCACAAAUGAGACAAAAAAUGACAAAAGCAAGAAACAAAAUGACAAUAAAAUAGACAAACAACACAAGUGAGACAAAAAAAAGACAAAAACAACAAAAUAAUAGACAAAAAAAUUAGACAAAAAGACAACAGAACAAUGAACAAUCUAGUGUUUCACUUUGUGAUCAAAACAACUUGGUCUAGAAAUUAUUUUAAAUUUAUAGUUAUACUAAUUUAUAAUCUACAGUUAAUGUCUUCUCUGGAAUUUUUACACUUUACAAAGUCGGGCCGGAUUGGACCCUCUGGAGGACCGCUUUUGGCCCGCGGGCCGCAAGUUUGACACCCCUGCCGUAGAGGCUUUCAGUAGCAGUUAAAACACAUUGACCAAACACUUCGGUUACUUCAGUGUUCAUGUCUGUGUUGUUGUUACCACUAUACUUUCCAUUAUUCCACUUUUGUACUAUUUUAUUUUAUCCUGUAUUCCACUGAUGUUUCUUUUAACCUGGCGACGUGCCUUUUCUCCACUGUUGUUCCUUUUAAAAAGUCGAGCCACAGAAAUUAAUCUUAAAAAAAAAAAAAAAAAGAGCUCGAUCCGAGUCGACAUGUUGCUGCAUGUUGGUCGUCACGUGAUCUUACCACGAUGCCUUCACGGUCGCAUUUCUGGGCAUCGCGUGGCGUUACGUCGUAUUACAUGUGGAUGUCUUUCAUAUAACUUUUUAUACGUUUGAUAUGUGUGAAUGUUUAAAUCCAUCAUUUAGCCCCGACCCUCCAUCUUUGACUGUAUCCAGAUAAGAACUAAUAAAGAAAAAUGCUGAAUACCAAA